AUGGCAAACCAUGGCUCAUGUGUCUUGAAACAUAGCUCAAUUGAGAGCUUGAACGAGGCUAGUGAGCUAUCAAAAGAGAUGAUUGCAAGACUGAGGACGUAUUCAUCCGAGAAGAUGUUUUCGUCGAUUGAGAAGAUGAUACAGGAGGCGCGCGUAGCAAGAGGCGAUAUUGAGAAGCAGUAUACGCUCUACUAUCGGUGUGCACAAUUAUCAAAACAGAUCUAUCAACAAAACGACUUUGCAAAAUUCAAGGCCGAACACGGUGCGAUUUUUGGACUGCGAUUCAAAGAGGCACUCGAUGAGGCAGAUAACUUGAAAACUAUACUCAAUAAGAAAUAUGAGGAAAAGAUGUUAAGAGCCUCACAAGAUACUUCCAUUGAUGUGCGGGUGCUCAAAAAUAUGGAUAAUGCUGUACAUACAGCAUCAGGUACGUGCUUUUUAAUCAAUUUCCAUUUUUCAUGCUCUUCGACAGUUCCUCAG